AGUGAAUGAGUGAGUGAGUGAGUGAGUGAGUGAGUGAGUGAGAAGAGGGGGCAGAAAAAAAACAGGAGUUAGUGGAAGGCAUGGAAAAGGCAGACGAAGGUGUGCGCAUUCGUAGUAACGAAACAAAUAGGCCAGCGACUUUCACCGCGCAACCAAGAGCGGCUAUGUGGUAGUGGAAGCUUGGAACAGCUGCAUAGUUAGACUUGUGUUCGAAGAGUCAGCAAUACGCCUGAGUAAAAGUUCCUUCGUUCGUUUUCUCAAAGAAAAGAAAACGGUAAUCGCAUUCUGGAAAAGAUACGAAGUGUAUGCCGUGUGCGAGAGUGUAGUUCUCCCAUAUUUUUUCUCAUUCGUUUGUCUGCAUUUAUAUCUGCGCACGUGACCAUAAAUACGACUAAAAAAUCAUACGGUGAAAUUCAUUUCAUAUCUCAUAUAAUAUAUAUCACGAAGAAUAUUAUAAAUUAUAUUCUUCUUCGUUUCUCCGACACUGAUUCAGACGGAUGUUUCCUUGAUAUCGACAAGCAGUGCAUUAUUUAACUUCGACAACUUGUUAACAAGUCCGCGUUUGACAAAUUCGAAUAUUUCUAUAAACGAUUGUUGAGGCAGUGCAUUUUCGUGUCAUCUACGACGAGUAAGACAAGCGAAAUAGCAAGCGGAGACAUCGUUAUUAAUAAUGUGUCCUCGCGGAUGCUGCUGACACACGCGCGCGCGCGUGAUGUGUGUGUGUGUAUGCGCGUGCGCGCGUGUUGUAUGUGUGGUGAUAGAGAAAGAGAGAGAGAGAGAGAGAGGUGAGGGGGACAAAGAGAGAGAAAGGGUGGGAGAGGGAGAGGGAGAGAGAGAGGAAGACCGAGAGUGAGGUAGAAGAGUAAGGGGAAGAGAGGAAGAGAGAUCAUCGUGUGAGGCUUGAGAAGCGAAAAGAAAUAAGCGUGUACUGUGAGUGGCACGAGAAAUGCACGGGCGUGGAUCCGGCGAAACUGAGUGACGAGAUGACACAGCGACGAUGCCCGAUCUGGGGCAUCGCUCCGCAACGCUGCACGAUUAUUUGGAUGGCAUUUUGUUGGAUCAUGUUACCUUCUGAGAUUGAACUUGUUUCAGGAGCGGGCCAUAAUUAUAUGAACAUUAAACAGAGAUAUGAUGGAUUUUAUAACAACUUGGCUCAUCCUGAUUGGGGAUCUGUUGAUAGCAGACUAAUUCGGAAAGUUCCGGCAGCAUACUCCGACAGUGUCUAUGCUAUGGCUGGUCAAAAUAGACCAUCUCCUCGAAAACUCAGUGACUUGUUUAUGCAAGGUGAUGAAGGUCUACCAUCUGUAAAAAAUCGAACAGCGUUAUUCGCUUUUUUCGGUAAUAAUCUUUAAUUAACUAAAUAUAUAAUCGGGGUAGCAAAUAAUUUUAUUUUUCAGUUACUAGAUGAAAGUUAACAUAACUGCCCAGUAACAGCUUAAAAAACGCAUUAAACUUCUACCAAAAUAUCUAUUAAAUUAAAUCUUUACAAUUUUAUGAAAUUGUGUUCUCGAAUUUGAACUUCAAAAUAUGCAAUACAUGAAAGACACCUCUUGUUUGCGCUAUUAUACAGGGUGUCCGGUAAUUAU